AUGCAUCUUGAGUACCACCACUCUACCUUCAUUAAUGAGAGCGACAUCGCAGACAUUGCCGCAGUCGGUAUCAACACGGUGCGCGUUCCAGUAGGCUACUGGAUUGUUGGAUUUGACCACGACGAUCCAUCAGGAAAAGCUGAAUGGGACGUCUACACGAAAGGAACACUCAAGUACUUGGACCUACUGGUCACUGACUGGGCGAAAAAGCAUAACGUCGCUGUGCUGCUGAGUGUUCAUGCAGCAAAAGGGUCUCAAAAUGGAGCAGACCACUCGUCCCCGAGUGUGUAUGGCUCACAAUUCUGGGCCUCAUUCGAAGAAAACGUCAACAACACCAUCUCGAUGGUAUCGUUCUUGACUAAGCGAUACAAAGACGAAGACGCGUUCCUUGGCUUUGGGCUCCUGAACGAACCGAACGGCAACACGAAGACAGAGAUACUGUACAACUACUACAAACGAGCAUAUCAUGCAGUUCGAGGAAGUGGCAGUGAGUGCGUGUUGACGGUAGCGCCACUGUUGUAUGAACAGAACCCCAACGUAUUGACGGACUUCAUGCUGGCCCCGGCAUACACGAACGUGUGGGUGGAAUGGCAUCCGUACUUUGUUUGGGGCUAUGACGGUGUGUCAGACCAAGAGCUGGUAGACACGAGCGUUAAAGUGAAGUUUAAAAACGACGUGACGCAGUGGAACUCAGUCUUGAACCACAACCGCCUUUUCAUCGGCGAGUGGUGUUUUGCUACCAAUGGCAAGUUUGCAAACGACUCCGAAUUGUUUUAUCAAUUUGCGCAGGCUCAAACGACAGUAGUAAACCAAGCCGAAGGAGGCUGGACUUACUGGAGUUGGCGCAUUUAUGACGACAAUGCUGGUGACAAUAUGUGGUCGCUACGUGCCGUACUCCGAAACGAGAGGCUCAAAGCAAUUUUGUUCCCGUUAAGCAACAAUGGCAGCAGCAACCUUGUCUAG